AUGAUCGCGAAUAUUCACGAAGUACUGUGUCUGCUCGAAUUAUUUGGAAAGUUCACUUGCCUCUGGCCAGGAGAUUCGAAUUCUAGCAAGUGGAAAAUUAUUUUACGUGACAUUCGUUGGACGUUCACGGUGGUCAGCAUCGUUCUCUUGAUGAUAUCCCUGGCGUUUGGCAUCUAUCACUAUCGAAACGACCUUACCAUCCUGAUAAAGACCAUCUCCGAGUUUACUUCGCUCGUGGAGGUGCUCUUGAACCUACUGCUGUGCAAAAUCAACAGAGCAAAAUUGGAGAUUUUAAUCAGAAGAAUGAAGAUGCACCUGGAAACAACAGACAAAUAUGAGAACAAAGUUAUACAGAGCUACAUAGAUCGUUACAAGAAAUUCUACUCGAUGGUAGCGAUGUUGUAUAUUUCAACUGGAAUUUUAUUCUGUUUGUUGCCGUUAUUUUCGAAACAAGAACUACCAGCAGAUGGUUGGAUUCCAUUUUCCAUCGAGCCCAUUGGAAUAUAUUGCAUCGUUUACUUCGCGCAAGUAUAUUGCAUUCUGCAAACUGCACUCAGCUUCAGCUUUGACUACGUGAUCGCUAUACUCUUCUGUUUCACCGCGGCGAGAUUAGAUAUAUUAGGAACGAAGAUGGGACAAGUAAACUGCUGCGAGCUGCUGGUAAGCUGUAUCAAAGAACAUCAAGAAAUAAUAGGAUUUUUGGAGGAUACCAAAGCUGCUGUUCAGGUGUUAUUAUUUAAAACGAACGUCACGAAUGCAUGUAUCGUCAUAUGUGCAGCCUUUCCUCUAAUUUAUACACAAUCAGUGGCUGUAACGGGGCAGUUUCUUUCUAUGCUGGGCGCAGGCUGUGGACACAUGUAUCUUAUUUCCUGGCCAUCGGACGAUUUGAAAGAAAGUAGUCUGCGGUUUGCGAUAUCGGUGAACAAUAUUCAGUGGAUAGGAAAACAACAAAACAUGGCUAGCAGUGUAUUAAUCAUGAUGCAUAGGAGUCAAAAACCAUUUCUCAUUACGAUGGCUGGUGGUUUACUUCCGCCCCUUUCGUUUGAAUACUACUCGCAAUUUUUGACUACUGUAUCUUCCUAUUUUAUGGGGAUGAGAACCAUGAUUGAAUCAUAA